CACAUCCUCGCCCAGAACCGCCCCGCUGUCUCCUCCCCAUUGCCGUCCCCUUAGCCCUCCACGCUCCUGCACUGAGGGGACCUUUCUGGGUGGACUAGAGGACAGGUGGGAUCGGCUCAGUGGCCAUGGGCAAGCAGAACAGCAAGCUGCGGCCGGAGAUGCUGCAGGACCUGCGGGAGAACACGGAGUUCUCGGAGCUGGAGCUGCAGGAGUGGUACAAGGGCUUCCUCAAGGACUGCCCCACAGGCAUCCUCAACGUGGACGAGUUCAAGAAGAUCUAUGCCAACUUCUUCCCCUACGGUGACGCCUCCAAGUUCGCUGAGCACGUCUUCCGCACCUUUGACACCAACAGUGACGGCACCAUCGACUUCCGGGAGUUCAUCAUCGCGCUGAGUGUGACCUCGCGUGGCCGCCUGGAGCAGAAGCUCAUGUGGGCCUUCAGCAUGUAUGACCUGGAUGGCAACGGCUACAUCAGCCGCGAGGAGAUGCUCGAGAUUGUGCAGGCCAUUUACAAAAUGGUUUCGUCGGUGAUGAAGAUGCCGGAGGACGAGUCGACCCCGGAAAAGAGGACUGAGAAAAUCUUCCGCCAAAUGGACACGAACAACGACGGCAAGCUGUCCCUGGAGGAGUUCAUCCGCGGAGCCAAAAGCGACCCGUCCAUCGUGCGUCUGCUGCAGUGCGACCCCAGCAGCGCCUCCCAGUUCUGAGUGAGGAGCCAGGUUCCCCUUCCUCCCUGCCUUCACUAGCCCUCUCCCGGCUCUCGGCUUCCUCCCCCUUGUGUCCAUCCAGGCUAGGGGCAGACUGGACCUCCCCCCAGGGUCUGCACUCUGCGGGGAGCCUAUGGAAAAGGGAACCCUGCAGACCCCCCAACGCCCAAGCAAGCGGUUAGUACCCUCCAACCCAAGAAGGCAGUAGCUCCCUUCGGCAGUGAUAGGGAGACACACAGGCUCUGGCUUGGUCCUCCCCUCCAAGUCAGCCUUCAACCCGCCUGCCUCCCUCCCUACCACACGCACUGCCACGAGGCCAGACUUCCCUCCCCCAACUACCAGGCUAGCUCCCCCCACCCCUGUGCGUCUCAGCCUGGGUGGAGAGGGGAGAAACAAGCACAGGUGAGGAGAGGUCUUUUUAUUUGGAGGGGAGAGGAUUGGUGGGGAGGAGUAAGGGAAAAGCUUGAGUCCUUCUUUCCUGCUGGAGGGGCUCGGCCCUUCCUGCUCCGCUUCUGUUGGCCUGGAGGUCAUGCUGCCAAAGGAAAACCUCCCAAUUCCCGCACCCAGCCGUGAGUCCUCUAUCCCCCUGGCCUGCCUUUCAGCACUUGGAUGAACACAGACCCACGGACCCCUCUGUGCAGUUUGCCUCCCUGAGACAUACACACACACAGGCCCACAGUUAGAUGGGCAGACACACCCUGGAGCCCCUCCCCCCCCCCCCACUGCAUCCUGCGUGGGAAAGAAGCACAGGCCCCCUGGCCGAGCCCCUCC